CGUCAAGCGUGUAUAAUGCGAGGAUAUCAAUAAAGCGAGUCUAAUCGAUUCGUCCUAUUAUAAUAAUAAUAAAUUGUCAAUGCAAGAUAUAUCACUGCAGAAGCUCGAUCAGUAUCUGAACAAAGCAAAUCGAUUCAUGCAUUAAAAUAGGUUGCUUCAAAAUUGUUUAGGAAAAUAACCGGUUUAUUGUUGAACUCGACUUCGUAAUUUUCAACGAUAUCCCGCCAACGACUGAUGCCUUCUUUGCCUGUUCUUUUUUGGUCUGAUGGAAUCCGUAGGAUUCGCGAAUAUGAAUAUACAAACAACAACAGUAUUAGCAUAAAGUAAACAUCCAUUUAUUUUUGUGUAAUUAAAUUUCUAAUUUGCGAAACAAAAUCGAGAAUCGGUUCUGCAAUGCGCUCACUGUUCUUUUUGUCUCUCUUCUUUUUCACCUCUUUUACUUUCAAAAUAUACCGGCAUCACGCGUUACGUUAGCGACCCCAAAUGUCGAAUACGAAAAAAAGUUCAAAAAGGAAAAAGAAAUAUGUCACGUGUAUUCUUAUUUAGCGACUUUAACAUAUUUUAAUUUUGAAUAGAGAUUUCUCUUGUGUCUAUGUAUAAGUCAAUACAUACCUCGGAUAUCUCGAAAUUGAAAAUUUCACAAGGCGCCAGCUGGUAGAGUUAUCUGCCGUAUGAGACGUACGGAAAACACCUUUGGCCGCAUUUUCUACCUGUUUAGUGCGUUAUGAAAUCUAAUCUUGAUGUUAUGCUUACCUACGUUUCUACGUAACGAAUGAAUUGAUGGCGUGCUCCACGCAUACAUACAUACGCAUACAUACGUGCGGACGAGUUCGGGGGUUUUUUCUGCAUCUAAAUAUAUCCGCGCGCACACACACACGCACGCACACCUCGCGAGAAGAAAUAACGGCAGGUAAAUGGUAGGAGUUAGUGUGGAUUCCAGGCGUUUUCGUGAUACACACGUUCCCCGACCUUUUAAAAAGAAAGAGACACGUCUGGGAACCCCGAGUGCCUGAUGAUUCCACUUCAACUGGUUCACGCGAACGCGCGCGCGGCAGCCGCCAUGGCGCUGUUCAAGAGGGGGAGAGCGAUGGUAUGGGUAUGGGACGCGUUUAUAAAUGCCUUUUUAAAUUUUCGCCUGGGGACGGCGACUUUUAAUUUUUUGGUAGCCGUCGUCGAGUCCUAAUCUCUCUCUCCCCCAUCAUUCUUCUCUCACCUUGCGCUCAGACUUAACAGAUAUCAAUUAACAAUUUAAUUCUGCCGAUAAAACUGUUGCAACGGGAGCUUUCAAUUCGAUGUAAUAUUGCACGAGUAGCGUGAAACACGUGGAAAGUUUGAUUUUCUCUUCGGGAUUCCUCGUGACGCAGAGUCGCCAAGGGAAUAACACGCCAUGGGUUACGGCAGUUGUUUCACCUUCCGCGAGUAGUCCCGCGAAAUGCUGGAAAGAACCGACGACAAUAAUCGGUACAGCAGGAGUACGUUCCCUCGAAGGAAUCCGCGAUUCGGCUAAUUGGCAGGCGCAGGUUCGCGUGCGAUCAGCCAUCGGCCCCUCUCGCUUCUCUCGUCGGUCUCCGCUGACGACAAAAUGCAAUAGCAUACGUCAAUGUAAUAACGUCAGGAAAAUGUGUCGUGCGUAAACGGCAAAGGGAAAGGCGUUACGUUACUUUCGAAGUAAGAGCCCCCCUCGCGCGCGCUUUCAUUAUUACACGACUGUCAGCGUCACCGCCGUCAUCAUCGUCAUCAUCAUCAUUAUCACCACCUUCUUCAACGUCGCCGUUAUCCUUCUCCUUCCCUGCUCCUGAACUGGACUGCAUUAGACAGAAGCAGACGGUAAAUUAGCCGAGGAUAGUGUUCUGCGAAGCAACGAGCAACCGCCGGCCUUUCCGCUUUUUCCGCUAUAGGGAACAGCCGGCGGCGAGAUUGAGCUCGUGACGUUCGCCGAGAGGGAGUCGGUGACGUCAAAGAGGAGGCUAUCUUAUCCUCGAGGAAGAAGGAGCCGGCCGCCGCGUGCGCGAGCUAAGAAUCUCUCCUCCUGGGGCCCCGGCCCCGACCGAGGGGCUGCACGAGGCACAGAUGAAGAGAGGGGGGAUUAGUCACUUCACAAUAUUAUACUGGCACGCGCAAGCCCCCGUUAAAGUGGGGCAACAACACCCACGUGCGCUUCCACGGGCAGGAUAAAAAGUCCUUCGGGGAUCAAGAAAUAUUCAGUUUUGAGCAAACCAUUAAGCGAGACGAUCAGACAACGGAGAAGAAACGACUUCUCGCGCUAACGAAGCCGAGAGCCCAAGGAGUGCGUGAACCUGGUGGCCGAUACACGCACGCACGCACACACGUCGGGGUCUGCCAAAGAACCGGAGGAAUUCGUGGGGACAGUCCGAGUCGAGUCAGCUCGUCGAGCUUCGACUGACGAAUCGUCACAGACAAUCAUUCGGCAUUACGAGGAGCGGUCAAGCCGGCCAAGACACUUAGAAUUUACGUCACACGGUCGAACGGUUAGACCGUUCUCAAAAAUUUCAGAAGCAAACGCUACGUCAUCCUUGAGCAUCUCGCCGUGAUACACACUGUAUGUCGACGGUGUACCUCGAACUUCAAAGGGAACUCGAUAGUUCUUGCUCUUUGAGUACGACCUACCUUCGGCGUUAAUAGGGAUACCCGGAGAAGAAACACCGACCGACAACUAAGGGCUCAAGGAGGUGAGUCUCUUUGAAGUGGCUUCGUACUGUAAUCGUCGAUCGUGCUUGUGAUCGCUCGGCCUGCGUUCUUUAUAUCAAGAAUCGCGCGACGAACAAUCCGCGAGAGUCUGAUUUACGAGCGCUCUUCUGGAUCAAGAUCGACAGACAAUGAGUAUGUCCAGUACCAGACUAUGUCUGACUAUUCUUCUCAUUUGUGUCAUUGUCGACACGCUCGAAGGUAGCAGCUGGAGGCGACAUCAUGGUCAUCAUUCUAAACCGCAAUAUCACGGUUUCAAGAACCCGAUGUCGCUGGAUUUAUUAGCGAAACUCUCAAGGAACAACGAAGAUCACUCGAGACAUCACGAUACCUAUCGACAGAAAGAGAGGCGCGAUUACCUGGAGGCUCAAGUGAAUUCAUUUCCAAGCUUGGAGUACGAAAAUGCGGAUGAGGUGCAAAUUCCGGUAAUUCAUCGACGCCGGGAAGUUCCAAAGGACUUUCGCCAAGAGUCCCUGCAAAUGAGGGAGGCAGAUACAAGGAGCAAACACGAGGACGGUGUCAGGGCAACGCAGCACGUCAGGCACGGUAGCUACCUGGAGGAUCAGCCGGCUUCGUUCUCAAGCUCGGAAUACGAAGACGUGGAGGAGCAAACGCCGGUGGUUCAUCGACGCCGGCAAGCCAGACAGCGUGGUAGCGACCGCACGAGCCUGCUGAAGGCUCUGCACGAGAAGAGCUUGAACGAGCUUUACGAGCUUGAAGUUCGAGAGGUGCAGAACAAUUCUGUCUGCAGCUACACCGUAGUGCCGAUACCCGACCCCACGGGUUCCAGAAUACCGAAAGUGCUGGAGGAGGUCAAGUGCAAUCACGCCGGCAGCAGCUGCCUCGGCACCGACGCCCACUGCUGCAUACAGACGUAUAAGAACAUCGAAGUGUCGUACGGCGGCAAGAGGAACACCAUAAAGCUCUACGUGGGCUGCGUGUGUGCUCGCGAGGUGCUGCUGAAGGCGUCGCAGUUACCCAUCAACAACUGAUACCGAGGAUUCGAGGGACAUCCAAGAACGCGCUGCGGUUCGAUAAUAAUAAUAACGAUAAUAACGAGGAGGACGAUGAUGAGGCAGAAAUAACAAGCGGAUGAAAUAGUUGAAUGAUUAGUAGCUUAGUGAUUAUCUGUGGGUGAGGAUAUCGGAAUAUUUUCUUACAGAUUCUUGAUAGAUCCAAGAGAAUAUAUCAAUCAGGAAUAAUAAUUGUGAAGUGCUCAUUGAGCUGCUAUCUCUGCCGAACACAACCAGUGACGACUGCCAUUGAACGUUGAAAUGGCACGAAUGAAAAACGAAUAUACUGUCGAAUAUUCGACACUGGUCUCGUGGAGGACGGAUCUCGUGCCGAAUCGGUACGGUGAUAAUUUCACAUAGAGCGGACGUCCAGACGUUGUCUCAGCGGACGACGACGACGACGACGACGAGCGACAGCGAUUCGCGAGCCGCGUUGUUAUUGCCGGCGAAUAAUUGCGAUUGGCCAUCCGUAAAUAAACACAUCUUUUUCUAUUUUUUGCCAUUUGCACCUGUGUGCGUGAGUGUGCUUAGGAACUGGCUUGAGGAUUACGAGUUGUGACGCGCGUCCGAUUUUUUUUCUGAUGUUUGACGUUAGAAGAAUGGGAGUGUUGUUCUGACUUUACGUAGGAAUAGGUAAUAACUAACAACUCUCGCAUGUGUUUAGGUAUUUAUAGAUCCUCUCGUACGUCCGCGUUUCUAAAUAUAUGAUAUAAACGUAUUAUCGACAAUUGAUCAGGCAGGCAGGUAGCGCCAAGACCGAUCGCAAGUUUCUGCCGACAACAACAACAACGCUCGAAUGUAAUUAUCUCGCCCGCACGUUCAUCACGUGUGUUUAAAUCGAUAGUCAUCACACGAGAAUGAAUCACUAGCAACUUGUCGCGACCGCACAUUAUCUAUUUAUAUUAUUUAUUUUACACACACACACACACACACAUAUAUAUAUAUAUAUAUAUAUAUAAAAUUAUAUAUAUAUAUAUAAUUAUAUAUAUAUAAUUAUAUAUAUAU